UCUGCUACAAAGUUUAAUAAUCUAAAGUCGGCUUCUUCAAUCUUAAUUAGUUACUUACUAACUUAAUUUUGUCUUUUUAAAAAAGAAUAUUGAUGAUAAAACAUGGGUGAUGUUAAUCUAGCUACCACUUCAUCAUCACUAAGGUCACACACACGUCCUUCAAAAGCUAUAUAAAUACGCACACCCAUCUCAUUUUCUCUUCACUGGGUAUUCUUCCUUGUUUCCUUAGUCUUUCAAUCAUUUUCGAGUAGCCACCACAAUUGUUAUCUUGUGCAUUCAUUCCUUUUUCGUCUUAGUGCCAACAUUUUUUUGUUUCUAGUUCUUGGUUUAGUUGUUCUUUUUGAAUUGAAAUGGGAGGAACCUCACCUUGUGCUUCUUGCAAAUUGCUGCGACGUCGUUGUGCAGCUGACUGCAUUUUUGCUCCCUACUUCCCUUCAGAUGAUCCCAAUAAGUUCGCCAUUGCUCACAAGGUUUUUGGUGCUAGCAAUAUCAGCAAAAUGAUACAGGAACUUCCAAUGCAGCAAAGGGCAGAUGCAGUAAGUAGUCUAGUAUUUGAAGCAAACGCAAGAGUAAGAGACCCAGUUUAUGGAUGUGUUGGUGCAAUUUCUUACUUGCAAAACCAAGUUUCUCAACUCCAGAUGCAACUUGCAGUAGCUCAAGCUGAAAUUCUUUACUUUAAGAUGCAACAAGCUGCAGCGGAAGCAGAUUUAUUACCAACUUCCACCACUACUACUAAUAGUACAACAAAUACUAAUUCUACUGCUAGUCCCAAUAAUAAUUCCACUGCUACUACAACUACUACUACUAAUCAUCAUCAUCAACUGAACCAAAUCAUAGACUUAGUUGAUCAUCAUCACCCUCAUGAUGAAAAAUCAUCACCGGUUAACUUAUUCCAAAGUAGUAACAAUAGCCUGCUUCAUAAUCUUCCCCAGUAUCUUACUACUUUUCAAUCUUCAAACAACAUUGUAAUUCAUCAAGACCCUCUUAAAAGAGAAUCUCUUUGGACUUGAAAUGAUUUUAAUUUUCUAGUAAUCAAAUACACAGCAAGUGUUUACUCUUUUUAGUUUGUUUUACAUAGAGUAAUGGGUUCUCAAAGAAAAAUGGGUAUCAUAUUAAUUAAUUGUUUGGCUUAGCUAGGUCAUAUUAAACAAAAAGCUUAGCUGCCUCAAAUUCACAAAUAAAUUGGAGUGAUGCCUUCUUUGAGUUUUUGCAAAUUUGAAGCCUUGAUCAUAAAUGUACUGUAAUUACUCUUUGUUAUAUUAAUUGAAAUAAAUUACUUUUUCAA